UAAUCGCGAGAAAAAUCCCCAGCGGGAGAGCUCACGAACUGUUCCCUUCCCAUGGCGGCGCUGCCUCUCCUCCGGUGGGGCGCUUCCUCCCUCCGAGGAGGCCACUCCUCCGCUCCGCCUUCGAGCCGCCUCUUCUCCGCGCUCCGCCGACCUCCCGCCGCCGCCCGCUGCGAGCCCGGCUCGAGGGUCAUGCUCAAGGGGAUGGACUACCCUGAGCUCGAGAAUUGGGUGCGGUCGCAGGGCUUCCGGCCAGGGCAGGCCAUGAUGCUGUGGAAAUGCCUCUACGGGAACAACGUAUGGGCGCAUUGCUAUGACGAGCUGGCUGGUUUAAACAAGGACUUCAGGAAAAUGCUAACAGAUCAUGCUGAUCUUAAGGCAUUAACUGUGAAAGACAUUCUUAACGCGUCAGAUGGGACCCGAAAGAUACUGUUCUCUCUUGAAGAUGGAUCAGUGAUUGAAACAGUUGUCAUUCCUUGCACUAGUGGCAGGACAACUGUCUGUGUUUCAAGUCAAGUGGGUUGUGCCAUGAAUUGUCAGUUUUGCUUCACUGGAAGGAUGGGCUUGAGAAAGCAUUUGUCUACAGCUGAGAUUGUUGAGCAGGCUGUGUUUGCUCGUAGACUGUUUUCAGAUGAAUUUGGAUCCAUCACAAAUGUUGUAUUUAUGGGCAUGGGUGAGCCGUUGCACAACAUUGACAAUGUACUAAAAGCCUCAGCUAUUAUGGUUGAUGAGCAGGGCCUUCAGUUUAGUCCUCGCAAGGUCACUGUCUCCACAAGCGGUCUUGUCCCACAGAUAAAACGCUUCCUACAGGAAUCCAAUUGUGCGCUGGCUGUGAGUCUUAAUGCAACAACUGAUGAGGUGAGAAACUGGAUAAUGCCUAUUAAUAGAAAAUACAAUCUCAGCUUGCUUCUUGGCACAUUAAGGGAGGAAAUUCGUUUGAAAAAGAAGUACAAAGUGUUUUUUGAAUACGUCAUGCUUGCUGGAGUGAACGACAGUGUGGAUGACGCGAAGAGACUAGUAGAUUUAGUUCGCGGGAUCCCUUGCAAGAUCAACCUCAUCUCUUUCAAUCCCCAUAGCGGGUCACAAUUCAAGCCCACUCCUGAUGAGAAAAUUAUUGAGUUUCGUAACAUUUUAAUUCAAGAUGGCCUUGUUGUAUUUGUUCGGCUCAGCAGAGGGGAUGAUCAGAUGGCUGCCUGUGGACAGCUAGGAGAGCCUGGGGACUACCAGCUACCCCUGCUCCGUGUACCUGAGAAAUUCCAGGUCGCUUUGUGACUCUAAACAUGCAGGUAUGACAGGCAUCUCCAAAAGGUUUUACAAGAUUGUGCCUUGCUUGAGAUACCUUAACCAUUAAGGUGUGCAUGCCAUUGCCACGACCUGACCACCAUACGGAAGGAAAGGAAAAGCCAAUCUAGCGCAAACCCCACCUGUAAAAGUCACUUCUUUCCAAAAGCAACUCUAUUAUGCUGCACAUAUUGGGCGUCUUUAGCACUAAUCUGCUGCCGAACUGGCAGUCUACACGUCUACUCGUUGCUUUAGCAGAGGCAUAGAUUUUGACAGUUGCUGAUUUUGUAUAUGGCCUAGUUUAGUUACCAAUUUUUUCUUCAAACUUCUAAUUUUUCCAUCA